GUUUUGAUCGAACACCAUUACAUUUGGCUGCAUCAUCUGGAAAUUUACCAAUGGUGAAAUUAUUAAUAGAAGGUAGAGCAUUAGUUGAUCCAGUGGAUAAAUUUGGUAUUACACCAUUAUUUUGGGCUGUUUAUAACAAUUAUAAAAAUGUAGCUCAUUAUCUACUCAAUAUGGGGGCUAAACAUAAUCGAGUUACUAAGCAAGGUUUUACAAUUUUGCAUUUCAUUUCUGAAUCGAAUGCUAUUUCAAUAUUAAAAUAUUUACAUCGUAAAUCAUUAACAUUAGAAUAUGAUGUUGCAGAUAAUAAUGGAAUGACUCCAUUUUUAAUAGCUGCUUCCAAAGGAAAUGAAUUAUUAAUGGAGAUUUUGGUUAAACGAAACUGUAAUGUGAAUGCAACAGAUCUGGUAAGUUAG